AUGUCCGUCGGCCGUCUCUCUCAGCAGCUGCUCGCGUCGGGCGCAGCGCCCGCGCGUAAUUUUUUUUCGACGUUGUCGGGACGCGGCUCGUCGCUGUCCGCCAAGUCCUUUUCCUCCCUUUCGCGUCUCCCCUCUUCGCGUCUCUGCGGCGCCGCGUCUUCGUCUCUCUCGCCCGCUUCGGCGGGUCAACCUGCGUUCGCCUACUCGGCGAAGCGCUCGUAUCUGCACUUUGAGCGCACGAUGCCGGAGGACUUUGAACUGCCUUCCGACACCAUGCCGAAGAACGUCGCGGAGCUGAUGAGCAAAAACCCCAAGGAUCUCGACUUCUUCGAGAACUACUGGUACUGGAAACUCAGGGGCGAGGCCGUCGUCCUCGACCCCGCGUCUCUGCCCAGAAAGAGUUACAAGCAACUCGCCCGCGACAUGGGCAUGCAGAUCGUCACAGAAGAAACCGAGCACAUGGUCGGUCUUCUUGAGCUGUAUGAGCACCUGAGGUCGGCAGCCUUCGUGGGGCCCUUCGGCACCGUCGAGAAGCCUGUGCUGUGCCCCUCCGUCACGACAGACAGAAUUGUCGGCUGCACUGGCGGCACCGGCGAGAAGGAGCACGUGCCUCUCUGGUUCCGCUGCCGGGAGGGUUUUCUCUAUCGCUGCGGUGAAUGCGACCAGAUCUUCAUGCUUGUCCGCGUCUUCUACUCUCUCCCCGACGGAAAGGACCCCUUCCCCGUGGAUCCCGAUGUCGAAGACGUCUUUGACAUGAAGCUGCUCGAGAAGGGUCAGAAAAUGUGGAACUGCAACGAAUACGUCCGCUGGCCCGCGGGUCACCAGGCGUACUCUGAGCUCUUCCUCGAGGGCAAAUGGGGUAACGAGAUCCCGCGGCGUCUGGCCGAGGAGCUGAAGGAGAUCACAGCUGCGUAA